AUGAAGGAUGUCAGGGUUAGAGAUGUGAAGGUAGAGAUGUAACGUCUUGGCUCUGUGAUACUAACACCCCCUCCUUCUCUCUGUUUUGUUUUUCUUUCCCUCCCCCUCUUUCCCCCCUCCUUCCUCUCAUCUCUCUCUCCCCCCGCUCUCUCUCUAUCAGAACCCCCCCACCCCCGACCCCCUCCCUCCCCAAGCCCCUCCUAUAGCUGGAGCCAUGCAGUCGUUCAGCAGAGAGAGGAGCGGUUUCCACGGCAACCAGCCCUGCUACCAGCAGGAGCACCAUGAAUUAUCACGCCUGGAGAGCUACCGACAGCACCCCCACCACGGACAGACCAGACAGGUCUACGAGGCACACGCCCUGGCCACCGCUACAGGGAUGCCCCCAGCGGGAUCAGGGGCCGGACCUGGAUCUGGAAGUGGACCCAUUCCUGGACCUAAGGAUUGUUACAGCCAGCAGGCAUACCCUGGAUACCCCCAAGGCAAUGGAGGUGGUGUGGGUGGUGGUGGUGGUGUGGGUGGUGGAGGAGGUUCGACGCCUCAUGAUAAGAAGGCUUACAGUGGGGGGAGCCAAGUGCCUCCUCCACCUCCCCAGCAUAUGCAGGCGGGCGGCUACAGCAAUCACAUGGGCCCGGGGGGAUACCCGGCCCAGUAUAUGAGCGAGGGCCACCUCCAGCAGUCUAAGUGGGACGACCCAGCUCAGCUAGCUCAGUACGAGCAGGAGAUGGUAGGCAGGAUGGAGCCGGGUCCCCCUGGGUCCUCCCAGUAUCUGGACCAGAACAUGCUGGCUCACUCCCAGAGCCAGUGUCACCAGCCCCACCAGGCCUCUGCUCCAGUCUACACCAGCCCACACCACCAACCCCAUCCCCCAAACCCAGGCCAGUCCCCAUUGAUGUACCCCCAGAGCCACCUCCACUACCCCCAGCAUCCCCCCGUCCCCCUCGCCCUCCUCCUCCUCCUACAUGGAGAAGUGCAGCCCCAUGCCCCACUGCUACAAGGGAUAUAGUAUGCCACCCAGCUCCCAGUACGCUAGGCAGAUGGGCAGCCACAGCAGUCUGAAGCAGGGGGGAUACCGACCGCCACCCCAGAACAGUUACAGCUACCAACAGACUCCCUCCAGGGGUGGCUACGAGUCCCAGCCCCCACUACAAGGUAUGCCCACUUCCCAGGAGGCCCACCUUAAAUACCAACAUUUCAGCCAGCCCCAGCAGAACUACUGUCUGUCCGAGCUGUCCGUCAGAUCCCCUGAGCAGUACUACCAGACAUGUAGUCCCGCCUCCAGCCACUCCCCUGCACGCUCCGUAGGACGCUCACCCUCCUACAGCUCCACCCCUUCCCCUCUGAUGACCAAUCCAGAGAGCUUCCAGUACAGCCAGCCACCAAUGACCCCAGGGGCGGCUUCUUCUUCCUCCUCUUCCUCAGCGGGUCUGCAGGACCAGGGCUUGCUGAUGCCGCCGCGCUCCCACCCGUCCCCGUCCCCCAACGUGGCCCACCCAACCCCGCAGCACAGCUACACGCAGGGGGUCUCCAUGAAGGAGCGCUUCUCUGAGAAGCUGCUUGCCAACCCCAGCCUGUGGAGCCUGAAUGCCCUCACCUCUCAGGUGGAGAACAUCUCCAACAACGUGCAGCAGCUAUUGCUCUCCGAGGCCAUGGUCGCCAACAAAAAGGGGGGCAAGCGCAACAGCAGCAAUAGCACUGGGAGCAGUGGAGGCGGCUCCUCCAAGAAGGAAGAGGAGUACAAGGGAGUGCCAGGAGGCCCCGAGGGUCAGCACGGUGGGGGCCCCAUGCAGGACCCCUACAGCACCAACCAGCACCAGCUCGUCCCCAUGGAGAUGCAGGAGGGGGGAUACUCCAGUAGUUCUGACGAGCAGCUGGAGAGGGGGUACUACUACUGCGGCCAGGGCAGGAGCCCAGCUCAGGCCCCCAACAACACACACCUGGGCCUGGACACGGCCUCAUCCUGCUCCAUGACCUCUCCGGACGACAUGUCCACCCGGUCUGGUGACUCUGUGUCCGGCCUGCAGAGCGUGGCUUCCAGGGACAACCUGACCCCUGACCCCAGGUCACAGGGUGGUCACGACCCCCCACAAACCCCCAUGAAGAGCGUGGGUGACGAGAGGUCCCCCCUGAGUGUGACGGUCCCCAGCCCCAUGAAACAGGAGAGCCAGUCCCCUCCAGAUAUCCAACGUCUCGGCAUGCCACUGAAGGAGAACUUUGAGGAGUUGGCCUGGACGGAGAAAAUGGCAGACUACGAGGACGAUGGCAUGAAAAAGACUCCCGACAGCGAGCGUGACUGCAGAGGCGGCGAUGAUGUCACAGACACCUCCGAGAAGCAGGAGAAAUGGCCGGAGGACGAGAAAGGCCCAGCUCUGUAUAGCAAGAUCAACAAAGCAGUGACCGAGGGAAAGAGCUACUGCUGCAACGAGAACAUGUACCAUGAGAUACAAAACAAAUAUGACAGAGGCAAAGGGGACUCGGCGGAUAAGUCCCCAAGCCUCUCAGACUCCAGCCACAAGGGAGACCUGGGCCAGGAGAUGAAAUCGGAGGCCUUCAAAUCCGAAUCUCCCACCGACUCUGAGAGCUCAGUGAAAACAUCACCCUUUAUUUCCAGGGGUGAUCUUGACCAAAAUCAAUAUUUAACAGAGAAGGAAGACAGCUCUGAGAACAUAUCCCCUACCCCCCGGGGCAAGGCUUUGGAUGAGAGGCUCUCUGCCUCAGAGAAGAGAGAGAGCAGAGAAGAAGAAGAGGAGGGGAUGAGGAGGGGGAGGAGGAGAGGCAGCAGGACUCUAUAUCUCCUCCUCUGUCUACUGAGGAGAGAGAGGGAGAAGAGAGUGAGAGCCUGCCAUCGACUGAGGAGGUCCUCAACAAUAGAACGAGCCCACAGAAGGAGCCUUCUGGAGAGCUGUGCAGCAGAACAGAAGGCCAGAGCCUGGCUCAGCCUUACCGUAACACAGAGCCUGCAGAGACAGAAACCCAAGCAGCACAAACAGACCCAACAGCAGCAGCAGCAGAAUCCCCAGAAAUGGGGUCAGCCAUUUGUGACACUCCACCCCAGUCUCACUCGGCCAUGAUGGUUUUCUCAGCUCUCAGUGAGAUAGCAACACCUCCAGCUCCGGCUCACACCAGGGACCAUAUCGAUCGCAGCGAUUCCAACGUGCUGGAGCCUGACUCCCCUCAGCUGCCAGGGAAGUCGAUACUGCACUCAGCGCCCUCCUGGGCCAACACCCCACCCUCGCCAAAGAAAGGUGAUGAGGACAUGGAGCUGGGCAUCAGCUGCCCAAGCGCUGUGACCCCCUCAGCCAAGCCGGAAACCCGUGGCCCCAUCUGCACACCCGCAGGCUUUCGGCCGGAAGCACGGCCGAGGCAGGAGGAGACUGAUGCACUCAGGUGUGGAAUUCAGGAGACAGCUGAGUGUGGAGAGAGAGGGGGAGAGUGCCUCUUCACCCCCCCAGAAACCCUGCAUGCCCUCCAGCAAGAGUCCUCUGUUCUCCGAUCAGAUAGACAUGGCCGCUCACCAGGACAUAAUCAUGACGAGCGAGACACCCAAACUGCUGGUUGAGGGCUCCCGCUCCAGAAUGUGCACUCGCUCGUUCAACACGCAGGACACAACCCCUAAGGAUCCCCAGCCCCCUGAGAGACGGAAACCAGGGCGGAAAACCAGGUUCGAAACCAGGCCCAAAACCGGGACUGAAGUCAGGGUUAAAACCAGGGCCUAAACCAGGACUAAAACCAGGACCAAAACUAGGUCCAAAGCCGAGUCUAAAACCAGGACCAAAACCAGGUAUGAAGCCCGGUUCGAAGCCCGGCCCAAAACCAGGUUUAAAACCGGGGCCUAAACCAGGCCCAAAACCAGGUCUAAAACCAGGGCCUAAACCGGGUCCAAAACCAGGACCAAAACCAGGUCCAAAACCAACUGAAGGAGCACCCCGUGGUCGUCCCAGGGGCACAGGCUCUAAGUUGAAGUUGGCACAACAGGAAGGUCCCAUUCAACCCAUCACAGGGGGUCCAGGAAGAGGCCAGAAGAGCUUGAGCAUCAACAGUCAGCAAGGUGAUGGGAACCAGGAAGUGAAAGCUCCAGGCAAGGAUGGAAAGAACAUGGUCCUGAGAUCCAGAAAGCCCCCCCAGAAAGAGAAGGAGCAAUCUGAGGGAAUCCUAACUCAAACCCUGACAGGUAUAACAAAGCCCAAUGCAGUGUUAGAAAAUGAGGAACGUACGAGCAUAGAGCAAGCCCUCCCUGUCUUUCCUAACCAGACAGACACCAGUGUAACAGACACCAGUAAAACCGACACCAGUGUAACAUACAUCAGUAAAAUAGACACCAGUGUAACAGACACCAGUGUAAAAGACACCAGUGUAACAGACACCAGUAAAAUAGACACCAGUGUAAUAGACACCAGUAAAAUAGACACCAGUGUAACAGACACCAGUGUAACCGACACCAGUGUAACAGACACCAGUGUAACCGACACCAGUAAAACAGACACCAGUAUACCUGUCGCUCCACCUGAGAAACCUAAAGAACCGACUGUAGCUGUACCUCCUAUAACUGCACCUGUACCUCCACUCAAAAGAAAACCCAGUCCUCUGCCUCUAGAACCUCCAGUGAAGAAAAAGCGAGGUCCAAAACCAAAACCAAAACCACAACCACAACAGCCACAGCCUGAAACUCCCCAGUCUGACCAGUCCAACCAGUCCAACCAGGCCAACCAGUCCAACCAGUCCAACCAGGCCAACCAGCCUCCAUUAGUCAAACCCAAGGAGAUGGGUGUCCGAGGCCCCAAGAGGAGGCUAAAGCGAGGCAGACACCUCAAGGCCUCUCUGAUCACUGUGCUGACCAAAGAUAACCCUCCUCUCACGAUGACUGACUGUGAUGUGGUUAGUGAAAUGCCCAGUGUCCCUUCUCAGUGUCCCACUAAAACCAAGUACCUCCCCCCGCGCAAAGGCAGGGGUCUGAAAUACGAGGCCAUGGUUCAGAAAAUAAACUUGGGCACUGGUUCGAAGAAACACCUGCCAACACCACAGCCCGAGAGCACAGAGGCGAUAGUGGAGGAAGUGACAUCAAAGCCUGUGUCGCUGUCCAUCUCGGAGGAGAGCGAGGCCCCAGUGGCGGUGGUGAGCGCCCCUGAGGUGACACGGGAGGAGGUAGCAGGGGAUGAGUGGAGCUCCACGGGGGUCCAGAACACAGAACAGGAGGGAGGGGUGCAGCAGAACACCGGGGAGGGGGUGCAGCCGGAGUCACUCCCAGCGGGGGUGCCAGACGCUGCAGCGGCGAGCGAUGCCAACAAACCCACCAGGACCAAGAGGAGGAAAUGGGCCAUGGUGGAGAGCACGGACGCCACGGUGGUCGCCAUGGAGACGGGAAGCCUGAUCAUCAACACGCCGCGGCUGGCCAAGCAGAGGGCCAUCAAGAACAACCACGAGAUGCACCUGAAACAGAGGAGGAAGAGGAAAGGAGGACAGCCUCCCUCAGAGGGGCCUGUGGCUGACGAGAAGGUAGGGACAACAACAGGAGAACAACAGACAGAGACAGAGGCACAGACACCCACUGACACAACAUUAACAACAAUGCCCGAUCUACCAGCCGGCCCAGGUGAGAUCACAGACAGCCCGCAGGUGAUCGCCACAGAAAUUAUCCAGCUGCCUCCCUCCAAACGAGGGAGGAAGCCCUCUUCAUCCCGUCCAAAAAGAGAGGGAGAGGCAGAGCCCCAGGUGAACAGCAGAGAAGCAAACCUCUGA